AUGCUGCUCACCGCGGUCGUUAACCUGCUCGACGACCAGGGCCAACCCGUGCCCUGUCGCGUCCUCCUCGACAACGUCAACAACUUCUCCGUCAACGUCGAGUGCCUGAUCGUGCCGAAAGUGACCGGUAUGGUUCCAGCUGUGCCAGUUGACAUCAACGAUUGGCCGAUUCCUGUCGGCGUCCAGCUGGUCGACCCAGCAUUCCACAAGCCCAAUCGCAUCGACAUGCUGAUGGGGGUCGCCAUGUUCUUCCGGUUGCUAAAAUCGGGACAGAUGGAGUUAGCUGGCAAUCUACCGGAGCUGUGCGAGACUCACCUAGGCUGGGUCAUCGCCGGAGAAGUUGGGGACACCGUCCCAAGCCCGCAGUACACGCACACUGCCACACUCGACGACAUCAACGAAGCGAUCCAGAGAUUCUGGCAGGUCGAGGACAUCGACACAGCGGUUUCCACCGAGCAAGAAGAAUGCAAGGCGUUCUUCGCGUCCACCAACAAGCGGGAUCCAACUGGCACAUAUGUGGUACGUUUGCCAUUUCGUCCGGUCGUCGCAACUCUCGACUACAAACGCAACCUCGCUUUCGGCGCUUCCUGUCGCUGA